AUGGCGGCCGGCGUGGCCACCUGGCUGCCGUUUGCGCGGGCGGCGGCGGUGGGAUGGCUGCCGCUCGCCAAGAAGACGAUGCCCAAACCACCGCGAGACAACUCCUCCAAAUCAGAUGAGAUCCUCUACGUCAACGUCAGCGGGGUCCGCUUCCAGACGUGGAAGAACACGUUGGACCGUUACCCGGAGACGCUGCUGGGCUCUUCGGAGAAGGAGUUCUUCUUCAACGAGGACACGCAGGAGUUCUUCUUCGACCGCGACCCCGAGAUGUUCCGGCACAUUCUGAACUUCUACCGCACCGGGAAGCUGCACUACCCGCGCAACGAGUGCAUCCAGGCCUUCGACGAGGAGCUGGCCUUCUACGGCAUCGUGCCGGAGAUCAUCGGGGACUGCUGCAUGGAGGAGUACCGAGACAGGAAGAAGGAGAACCAGGAGCGCCUGGCGGAGGACAACGAGGCCAACGAGGGCCUGGACGCCCCGCUGCCCCCCGACUCCUCCACCCGGGAGCAUUUGUGGCGGGCCUUCGAGAACCCGCACACCUCCACCACGGCGCUGGUGUUCUACUACGCCACGGGCUUCUUCAUCGCCGUGUCGGUGAUCGCCAACGUGGUGGAGACGGUGCCGUGCCGGCCGCCCGAGGGCGCCGUGAAGGACCUGCCGUGCGGCGAGAAGUACAAGCUGGCGUUCUUCUGCAUGGACACGGCCUGCGUGCUCAUCUUCACCUUCGAGUACCUCAUGCGGCUCUUCGCCGCGCCGAGCCGCUCCCGCUUCGUGCGCUCCGUGAUGUCGGUGAUCGACGUGGUGGCCAUCAUGCCGUACUACAUCGGCCUGGUGAUGCCGGACAACGACGACGUGAGCGGCGCCUUCGUCACGCUGAGGGUCUUCAGGGUCUUCAGGAUCUUCAAGUUCUCGCGGCACUCGGCCGGCCUGCGCAUCCUGGGCUACACGCUGAAGAGCUGCGCCUCGGAGCUGGGCUUCCUGCUCUUCAGCCUCACCAUGGCCAUCAUCAUCUUCGCCACCGUCAUGUUCUACGCCGAGAAGGGCACCGCGGGCUCCACCUUCACCUCCAUCCCCGCCUCCUUCUGGUACACCAUCGUCACCAUGACCACGCUCGGGUACGGCGACAUGGUCCCUAACACCGUCGCUGGGAAGAUCUUCGGCUCCAUCUGCUCCCUGAGCGGCGUGCUGGUGAUCGCGCUGCCGGUGCCGGUCAUCGUGUCCAACUUCAGCCGGAUCUACCACCAGAACCAGAGGACGGACAAGAUCAGAGCGCAGCAGAAAGUGCGCAUGGCUCGAAUUCGCAUGGCAAAGAAAGGAACAGCCAACGCCUUCCUCCAGUAUAAACAAGACCGAGCCCUCGGGGACCGACACAGCAACAGCACGGCUCUGUGCGUGAAGAACAGGUCCGCCUUCGAGUACCAACACAACCACCUGCUGCACUGCCUGGAGAAGACCACGAACCACGAGUUCACAAACGAGAUGAACUACAGCGAGCUGUGCAUCACGGAGUCGGUGGACUACCGGACCAGCUGCAGCACCUCCCUGUCCAGCCAGCAGGGGGCGCAGAACAACUCCACCGGCUGCUGCCCCCGCCGGGCCCGAAGGAGAGCCGCCAUGCGCCUCGCCAACUCCACCGUGUCCGUCAGCCGGGGGAGCAUCCAGGAGCUGAACACCCUGAAGUCCACCUCCAUCAUGCCACAAACCCGCUCCAGCCUGAACGCCACGAUGAGCGACCUGAAGCUGAACUGCGGGGACCCGGACUUCACCGCCGCCAUCAUCAGCAUCCCCACGCCGCCGGCCAACUCGCCCGACGACAGCAUGCCGCCGUCGCCCGCCCCCAUCCCCGGCAUCCUGCGCAACACCCGGGCCACCGCCUACACGCACGACACCGUCAAGAUCUCCUCCUUAUAACCUCCAACCACGCCCGCGACUCCCCUCCUGGACUCCCCCACCCCCCAUUUUGGAUCCCUCCCCGCAGACCCACGAGCAAACCUCCCCAUGAGCACCGGACCUCCUCUGAGACCUUCGAUCAUGAACCCGGAGCACCGCUCGGUGAGACCUGGUCCGUUCUUUGAGAGGACCGCUCGUCGCUUUCACUUCCCGUCUCUAUUUUGUGGAUUAAUGGACGCACGGUGAACGAAAUGGCGGUUCGCCGUCACAGGAUCAAAGGCAAGGAAUUAGAACAGGAACCGUGACGGAUCCCGAUUCAUUUAACCCCAACAGGCUUCAUGCAAUGGAAACAAUACCAAGACUCCCAAAGAAAGACACCGAGGCCCCUGAAACCAGCUGAUUGGUUCCAUUGGGUCAGUGUUGCGUCUCUACGGGUACAAUGGGCUCAUGUUCGGUUGGUUCAGACAGUGAGAGUCAGACCGACUCGGCUGUUUGAGAGUCAGACUCGGCUGUGAUUGGAUAAAGCCGUGACAAAGGUCUUAUAUGCACAACCAGGCCAUCCGGAGCAGCGUCCUACUGAUUGGAUUUCUUUGGAUGUUGGUUGGUUGUUGGGGAAACGGGUAUCAGGCCAAUGAAGCUCCAAAAAUAAACCUGCAGGUUUGGUGAUUUGGCCGAGUGAAGAGUUGGAACUCUGUCGGCUCGAGAAGGUCGUAGGUUCCAACCCCUCAAGACAUGGGCCGAGAUGUCUCAGAAGAGGAUGAAGAGUGAAAGUGUGGAGGAUCUCUUUUUAAGGGAAAGAGAGGAAAUCAUGAGCGGGAACUCUUCAGGUUCUGCUUGUAGGAGAACACAAGAACCUAAAGGAGGAUCCAGACGCAGCUGGAACACAGGAACCAAACUCAACAUCGUUUACCUCAUCGACGCUGAGCUUGAACCCUGUUCAGGACUCUGAGCUGAUCCUUCAGGAGCUGAACUGGACUCAAAGGACUCUGAACGGGACCGGGAGUCUGUUGAGGGUUGAAUGAGGGAUUCUGGAUCGAUCCGGUCUGACGUGGGCUCGUCUGGUCCGGCUAUAGCUCAGAAGUGUUUUAUUCAGUUUGACACUGACGUCCAGACGAAGAACGAACGCCUUUUACUUUAUAAAAUAUGCAACAUUACAAACAAGCAGGAAAAUAGCAUCGACAUAAACCGAAUAAUAAUAAUGACAAUAAUAAUAAUAAUAAUGUGUGUUUUAAAAGUACAGUAAUUAUUGCUGGAAACAUAAUGUAAAGCAACUAAGAAAUGAAUGUGUUGUGUAAUCUGAGAUAACACAACAAGUCUUCUGCGAGUGUCCGCCGCCGUGCACUCUGGGAAAAAAAGGUUUGUUUUCAACGCGUUCGUGAAGAACUUACUUUAGUCUUUAUCCAUCAAUGAGGCUUCAAGACGUCGCCAUCUCGUGACUUCACGAGCCGUUCAAAAUAUGCAAAUGGAUGGUAUUUAAUCUAGGUCACAUCGGGCUAACACGUUAGCAUUAGCGCAACGUGAAGAAAUGAGAAGCAGUAGGAGUGAAAGAUGUUGACAUUGUUCCUCUUGUUCCUGGAGCCUCCUCCGGUACAUGGAAGGAAAGAAAAGUGCUAUUAAGAAUCUGAAAAGUAUCGUGCCAGUGAACAGAACCAGUUCCCAACGCUCUGGUCUCCUGUGGUUGAGGUCACAUGACCUCAGGAGACCAUGUGACCUCAACCUCGCUCCUCUGGCUGAGCGUCAGUGUUUUCUCCUGUCGCGUUUCUGAGGUCUGUUAGUUUACGCUGAUCCAUGAAGUCUUUAGCGUCGAACGCGUUUUACAAACUUUGACGUGCAAAUUUACGCCAUUCAUUGCCAACAAGGCGUUGUAGCUUAGCGUAGCCAGCUAGCUAGUACCUGGUGUCACUCGGUCAGCCUCCUGUUUCACAAAGAUGAAGGAAUAGACUACAAAGAGACACACAUAGACAACAAAGAGACACAAAACAACUACAAAGAGACACAAAACCACCACAGAGAGACACAAAACAACCACAGGGAGACACAAAGGGACUUCAAAGAGACAGACAUAGACUACAAAGAGACAACAUCUUGACAAAGAUAUUUAAGAGGAAUACAAAGAAAUGCAGAACAACCACAAAGAGACACAAUGACUACCAAGAGACACAGAGCAACCACAAAGAGACAGACAUAGACUACAAAGAGACACAAAACAACUACAAAGAGACAGAAAGGGACUUAAAAUAGACAGACAGACAAGAGACACAAAACAACCACAAAGAGACACAAAGGGACUUCAAAUAGACAGACAGACUACAAAGAGACACAAAACAACCACAAAGAGACUUCAAAUAGACAGACAGACUACAAAGAGACACAAAACAACCACAAAGAGACACAAAACAACCACAAAGAGACACAAAGGGACUUCAAAUAGACAGACUCCAAAGAGACACAAAACAACCACAAAGAGACACAAAGGGACUUCAAAUAGACAGACAGACUACAAAGAGACAAAACAACCACAAAGAGACACGAAGGGACUUCAAAUAGACAGACUACAAAGAGACACAAGACAACCACAAAGAGACACAAAGGGACUUCAAAUAGACAGACAGACUACAAAGAGACACAAAAAACCCACAGAGAUACACAAAACAACUACAAAGGGACAACAAAGAGAGAGACAUAGACUACAAAGAGACACAAAACAACCACAAAGAGACACAAAAAAACGACAAAGACACCAAACAACGACAAAGACACAAAGGGACUUCAAAGAGACAGACAUAGACGACAAAGAGGCACACAACAACCACAAAGAGAAACAAAACAACCACAAAGAGGUACACAACAACCACAAAGAGACACAAAACAACCACAAAGAGACACAAAACAACCACAAAGAGACACAAAACCCUGAUGAAGCCAUUUAAAUGCUCAGGAACGUAAAAUGUGUUAAAAUAAAGAAAACAAACCUUUUUCUUCAGAACUGCACGCUGUCGGUCUCCUCGGCCAAUCAGGAGCGAGCGCUAGUGGCGCCGCACGCGCGGAGGAGACAAAGGCAUACAUACUGUAACAUAUUUUGUAUCAUAAACGUUCACCUGCAUCUUCCAAAUACAAAAUCCCCGAACACAAAAAACACACACACACACACAAAAAAUUCAAAAGAGAUAUAAAAACCGAGCCAUGCAUGAGCCUCGUAUAGAAGAAAGAGAUAGAACACACAACACAGUCCCUUCUUUUGCAUGGCGACUCUUUAUUUGUCUCUCUCCUCUCAUUGGUCAGUUUUCCUCCCAUCCCGAGACUUUUCAAAGACGAGUGUUUGCACCACGAGACGUGUUAGAAGAAAUCGAUUAUAGAAAUCAAUACAAAGAUUAUCAUUCAGGCAUGUUUCUCGCCAGAAUGCAACGUGUGUGUGUGUGUGUGUGUGUGUGUGUGUGUGUGUGUGUGUGUGUGUGUGUGUGUGUGUGUGUGUGUGUGUGUGUAUGAUGAGUCACAACUAUGCAUGGAUACCGUUAUAGGUAUUUUAUCUAUUUUCUCCGGCGGUUUAAAGACUGAACAGACGUUCAAUGGAUGAAACGUUUCUCCCGUUUCAGCGUAUUUCAUUUGGUUUGAAUGUUUCUCUGAGCUAUUAAUAAAUAUACUUUAAGAUGUCAUUAUUACCCGUUA